AUGGCACUCAACACCACGCCACAAGUGAACACCGCCAACAACCUCAACAAGAAACUCGAAUUCCAACAACGUGAAAUGAUCAUCGAUGAACUGAGUCAAGCGAUCAGACUACUCUCCAAAGAUCAAAAGGCACACAAGAUACUCAAAGAGGAAUUGGAUCAUCAUCUUCAAUCAUCUAAAGCAUCGACAACCAAACAAUAA